CAGCACCUGAACGCAGCUAGAGACGCACUUGCGUCAGCGUAAUGGCGUCAGUGAGUUUGCCGUACUUCCCUGAAAUUGAGCGGCUAUGUUUACAAAACUAUUUUCCUGAAUUAUGAUAAACUACUGAUUAGCACGUACAGCGGGCUGCACGUGGCUGAUUCCUGAGUCCCGAAGAUGAUCAAAACGGAGAAGAUUUUGCAUUUGAAAAGCUGCCGGGGGCGAAAGGUCCGUGUGGUCCGGGAACAUUAUCUGAGAGAGCGGGUACCCUGCUACAGCUCUCUGUGCCAGGCGGACUGUGCCAAUGAUGGCAAAGUGCUACCUCCAGAUUUGACUCACUAUGUGGUGCCUGAUGCCGCGGUGGUGGUUGACUACCUGGAGAUCUUGGAGUUCAGAGAGUUGCAGGGCAUUGUCUUCACCCAGACCGCCUGCAAGGCUGUGCAGCACAGCAAAGGAGCCAGGCAGUACAACCGUCUGCGAAACUUACUCAAAGACUCUCGACAUGACUGUGUGCUGUUUGCCAAUGAAUUCCAAAAGUAUUCCUACUGUCUGCGAGAGAAAGGGGAGAGCCAGGAGAAGUGGCACACCAGGUGUGUGUACUCUGCAGCAGUAUGGUACUACAACCACCUGGCAGGUAUGAUUCCUAUAGUGAUGAUUACAGAGGAUCAAGAUGCUGUGGCUCAGUACAGCUGUCUCAGCUCUGGAGUAUACGUCGUCUCCGUCCAGGAUUAUUUGCAGAUGUUCUGGGAACAACUGGAUGCAGCCCGUGAGCUCUACAGCUCAAUUUCUCAGGUGCUACAAGAGAAGGAGAGCGAGGGCAUGGAGAAAGAGUACGCUGAACAUCUCCCUGCCGAAGUCCUGGAGGCUGGUAUCAAGUCUGGACGAUACAUCUGGGGUACACUGAAUGUCAACAAGCACCGUGCACAGAAUGAGGCUUCCGUCAUGACAGAGGGGAUAUCUAAGAAGAACUCAGAUUCAAGUUCAUGUGUGUUGGUGCGCGGUGGUAAAAAUCGUAACAGAGCUGUGCAUGGCGACGUGGUUGUGGUGGAACUGUUGCCUAAGAGUGAGUGGAGGGGGAAGGUCACAGCCCUGGCAGAGGGUCAGGGAGAGGAGAAGAGUGGGGAGGACAGCGAGAGUAAACCACUACCGACAGGCCGUGUUGUGGGGAUCCUGCAGAGAAAUUGGAGGGACUAUGUGGUAACUUUUCCCCUCAGGGAAGGGCCUCAGUCCCAGAGCAGGAAUUUCCAGCGUAUCCUGGCUGUUCCAUGGGACCGCCGCAUCCCCAAGAUCCGCAUUAGCACUCAGCAGGCUGAUGCUCUGCAGGACCAUAGAGUGGUGGUGCGCAUUGACUCAUGGGAAAGCACGUCACUCUAUCCUAACGGCCACAGCGUGCGGGUUCUGGGUCGAACUGGAGAGCUUGAGACGGAGGUCCAGACCAUCCUCAUAGAGAACAGCAUCCAUGUGGCUCCCUUCUCAGAUGCACAGCUGAGAGAGAUGCCAGUCAACUCUCCAGAGAAACCGUGGAGGGUGGAUCCUGCCCAGGUGGUGCAGCGACGGGACCUCAGGGAGAGUCACCUGGUGUUCAGCAUCGACCCGCAGGGCUGUGAGGACGUAGAUGAUACGCUGUCGGUGCGCAGUCUCGCUGACAGGGGGCUACUGGAGCUGGGGGUCCACAUUGCUGAUGUCACUCACUUUGUCACAGAAGGUUCACUCACUGACUUGGAGGCACGCUCAAGGGCUACGACCUACUACCUGGCCGACCGCAGGUACGACAUGUUGCCUGCUGUUCUCAGUGCAGACCUCUGCUCUCUACUGGGAGGAGUCGACAGGUUUGCCAUGAGCGUGAUGUGGGAGCUCGAUGCACACACUCUCGCUGUCAACAAUGUGUGGUAUGGUCGCACGCUCAUCCGUUCCUCUUACCAGCUCCACUAUGAGCUGGCCCAGGCCCUCCUCAAUGGAGAGAAGGCUGAGGUACCGGAGCUGGCCAAGAUUGGCUCUGAGGAGAAGGACGCUAAGCUAGCUGAGCUCACCCAAGCUCUGGAGCUGCUGACACAUAUAGCCAGACACCUCCGAGCUCAAAGAGACAGAGGAGGAGCACUGGAACUGGAGGGGGUGGAGGUGCGUGCCCAGCUGGAUGAGGAAAAGAACAUCACAGCCCUGGUCCCCCGUCAGCCCCUGGAGGUCCACGAGACUGUGGCUGAAUGCAUGAUUUAUGCCAACCACUGGGUGGCACGCAAGAUCCAGGAGCUCUUCCCUCAUCAGGCCCUGCUGCGGGGUCACCCGCCACCUCGGCAGGAGUUCUUCCAGCAACUGGUGGAAAGCGCCACAGCCAGGGGAUUCACCAUUGAUACCAGGACCAACAAGGCUUUAGCUGACUCUCUGAACCGGGCAGUGGACCCACAGGACCCACUGGUGAACAGGCUGCUGAGAAUGAUGGCCACCCAUGCCAUGUCCCAGGCCCUGUACUUAUCCACUGGAGCUCAAUCCCAAGACCAGUACUACCAUUAUGGUCUGGCUCUGGAUCGCUACACACACUUUACCUCACCCAUCCGUCGCUAUGCCGACAUCGUUGUCCACCGACUUCUUACUGCAGCUAUCGAGAUGGAAAGCGGAGUGGGCCCUCAUAGAGCAUUAGCCAAUAGCAAAGAACUGGAAGAAAUGGCUCAGCAUAUUAACAAAAAGAACAGGGCAGCCCAGCGAGCCCAGAAGCUGUCCACAGAGCUGUUUCAGUGUCUCUUCUUCAAAGAAAGAGACCCUCAGACAGAUGAGUGCUGCAUCGCCGACGGUGUCAUCUACUCCAUCAGAGACAAUGGCGUGUUGGUGUUUGUCCCCGAGUAUGGUGUGAAGGGGCCGGUGUACAUGAAGAAUCGGGAGGGUCAGGUGGUGGCUACAGGACAAGAUGGCAGCUGUGAGUGGCAAAGCGGCUCAGUGCGACGGUACCCAGACCACAUCAGCACCACCUCCAGCUGUGGCACCUCCACCUUCAGACUAUUUGACCACAUCACUGUUCGUAUUUCAGUCCAAUCGACACAUUGCCACGCAGACAGUCUGAACCUUGAGGUCAUCAGCAACAAGCCUCACCACAGCACCAAGCCCCAGCAGCCCCACUCCCAGGGCCAUUGCCAGCUGGUCCAGGAGGUGGUGCGUCUGGCCGAGGAGGCCUACCACCAGGCCCAGGAGAAGGCGGCCCGGCACCACAAAUUCUCCAGAGAAGAGAGAGAGUUCUGCCAGAGCAAAACUCCCAACCUGUACUCGCUACUGGAGGAGGUUAGAGAGCUGGCUCUGAUGGACUUGGACAUGGUUCCUCAGGUCUGUGCAACAACAGCAUAGGUCAGGUGUAAAUCAAACGAUAGACACAGAAAAGCCCAGUGAGUCUUUGAAUCACUGAACAUCUCAGUGAAAAAUCAGGAAAUAUCAAUGAACAAUGUAUAUUAAAAGGAGCCAAGCAAAUGAAAUUAUUGUUCUUCAGCAUUUUUUAAAGAUCAUUUUGAAGGCAGAGUUGUAGUUAUUUAUCUGUAUUCUUUCUAAGAUUAUUUUUGAUAAUGCAAGGCAAAAACAAGGUCUUUGGUAACGUUAAAUGAGAGGGGGAAAAGGCUGAUUUUUGCUUGAAGCAAUUUAAGUUGGUCGAAAGAUAAGAACCAGACUUUAGUAAUAAAACAUGAAUUUUAAUUAAUUUUAGGGCAAAGUCACAGUACAUAUAGAAUUGUUCAUGGAAUGCUGAGGUGAUAGUCUCCAAAAGAUGUGAAGUUACUCUCAGUGAAAACAGUGUACCCACUGCAACAUUAAACGUGUAUGUCACUCCUGAGAUGCUAUACUGAUACACAUGCACUAACACAUGAAUUGGGAUUGAUUUUUAAUAUAACCUAAUGUUUAAUUUGAAGAGUUACUGAAACGCCAAAUCCAUUUAUAAAUGUUUCUGAACUUUUGAAAACAAUGUACUUUACUGUAUUUAAGUGUGUAACCCAACCCGUGGUGGAUUUGAAGCUGACACUGGUUAUAAUAAUCAAGGCUUAAAAUAUCCAGUGCACCAAUUUUUUUUAAUGAAAUCUGGUUUUUAAAAAGUUUUUAGUGUUUGCCUUUAUCACGUGUGAUGCAAGUAUUAUUGUAGUCCACCAUGCCUCUUGGUAAGAAAGUGCUACUGUAAAAUCUUUUGGGAUGUGUGCUCCUCGAGUGUAACCUGCAUGAUGGACACGCAGGUAUUUUGUGUUAAAACUGUACAGACUUAUAAACAUUGACUUAAGAAAA